GUGUGUGUGUGUGUGUGUGUGUGUGUGUGUGUGUGUGUGCGUGCGUGUGUGUGUUAUGUUUUCAACCUGUAGUCUCCUGCCCUGCUACCCUACCAGGGGAUUCUUCAGUAGAGGGAUGGAUGUUGAGUAAGGGGGGGAUGCAGGAGAGGUGAGGGUGAGUAAGAGAUGAGUCAACUGCCCUCCGCUAUAAAGAAGCCCUUAUGGAGCCUGGGAGUGACACACACACAGACCCUAAGAGGAGUACCCGUGCUAUUCUUUAUACAAACACAGAGGAACCACCAGGUUCUAGACACAAACCUACACACAUAUUGACACAGGUACACACGUUCAGGCACAUACGCCCGUUCAUCCAGACAACAAAUAUGGACUGCUCCAUGGCCCUCCUGGUGUCCUCUCUGCUGGCACUGUUCAGCGUGGGGGCGGGAGCUUCACUCUCAUUGCAUGUAGUGAGGACCAAGGUCAAAGACCUGGCUCAAACCAUGGUGAUCAGGAUCAAAAAGCUGGAUAUAUCUCCUAACCUAAUCGAGGGUGUGGACUCAUUUCUCCCUGCGGCUGCAGUAGAUCAGCCUAUAGAAGGCCUGCCUUCCAUAGUGGAGACCAUGGGGUUCUACCAGGACCUACUGCUCUUCCUAGACUCGGCAGACCUCAAACAGCUGGUGGAAGACGCCUCCACUAUGAGGGGUCUGCUGGAGAACUGGAUGAUGUCACACUGCUCAGGCCGCCAGCAGAAACAGACAGGAGAGGGAGGGCUGUCGGAGGCUCUGAAAGACACUACCAGGAAGUAUGGUCUGAGCGUGGGUCCAGUGGCGCUAAACAGACUCAAGGGCUACCUCGGUCGGUUACUGCUGAACCUGGAUCAGCUGAAUUACUGUUACUAAGGUUGAUCAUCACUGAGCAACUGAACUCAGAUCAGUUUGUGCCAUGCUGAACAACUGUUACUGACAAUGACUGUCACUGAGUAACUGAACUAUGAUCAACUCGUGAUCUGCUGAAAACCUAGAAUGAGUUGAAGCAAGACUGGACAGUGGGGUCAUGGUGUCUGAAGAUUCUCCAAGAUUUAGAUAAUCCUUUCUGACCACUGUCAACUAAGUUAUUAAGACAUUUUAUAUUGUAUUAUUUAGACAAGGACUGUAGCUUUAUUUAUAUUUAUUUCUAUGAAGAGAAAAAUAAGCAGCUUUAUUUUGUAGCAUUAUACACCCGUCAGUCAAUGGCACAGGAGGAAGUGUUUACUUAGCAUUAAAUCAGCUGUAAUGAAGAAUGUACACACACACACAUGUUGAAAAAUGCUGCCUGCUCCAGUGAGGACUAGACUGCCUGUGUGUAGUGAUGUCAUCAUACUCACAGAGAGGUUUUCCUGAAAGCUAAGACAGCCUCUGCCAGGAAACCAGAUGUUUUGAUGUUAGAGCAGUGACAGAGAGUGAAGGUGUGGGAGAGAGGGGGUGCAAGAUGGGUUCUCAAUGACAUUCCAAGAUGGGUUCUCAAUGACAACGUUACAGUGCAUUCAGAUAGAAAUGCAUUGUAUAGAACACAUAUGAUUGUCUGUCCGGAAGAGCAGGGAGUCAUGUCAGCUCUAUUUCAUUACAUUUCUAUCUACAACGUUCUGAAUAUGAUGCCUCACUGAACACAUCCCAACUCAUUAUCUUCUU